UCACAAGGCAAGUAGGAAGUUACUUCAAGACCAUGAACCUUAAAAGUUUACAGAAGAUGGAAGACCGGUACUCUGUGAAGAUAUUCAACCAAUGCAGUGCAUGGUACCAUAGUCUCAACAGCCUGGAAUAGAAUCACUUCACAAAAAUAGACUUAAGGAGUAGUCUCCCCUCGUAAAGCAGACUAGAGGAGUAGUCUCCCCUCAUAAAGCAGACUAGAGGAGUAGUCUCCCCUCACGAAAACAGACACGGAUAAGUCUCUCUUCACCAAGUAUAGACUGGAGGAGUAGUCUCCCUUCAGAAGAAAACAGAUUUGAGGAGUGGUCUCUCAUCACAAAACUGAAGGGGUAUUGUCCCCUCAUCAAACAGACUGUAGGAGAAGCCUUCCCUCAUAAAACAGAUUAGACUUGCCAUAUCUCCUCAUCAAACAGACUGGAGGAGUAGUUUCCCCUCUUAAAACAGUCUGGAGGAGUAGUCUCCCCUCAUAAAACAGACUGGAGGAGUAGUCUUCCUUCGUAAAAAACAGACUGAGGAAUAUACAUAGUUUCCCCUCAAAGAAACAAGCUGCGACAUAGGUCCCCUCACAGGAACUAGCCAGAGACGCCUCACUUGAUUUAAUCAAACAAGAGUAUUACCCCUUGAUUUCGAAUAUUUUUUAUAUUUUCGUGGAGUGUCAAUUGAAUAAAUUAUAAUCAUGGCAAAGGCAGGCUAUAAGAAGGACUACAUGAUGAAAAGGUCACAGAACAAGAGCACCUUCAUGACUAAGGAGAACUAUAAGGCUCGAUGGUUCAUCCUGGAUAAUGAAUUUAUAAAAUACCAUGAGGGCACACUGGAGAAAAUGGGUAAAGUGAAAGGUUCCAUUGAACUACGAUUAGUCAAGGCUGUGGAGAAUGUUGACAAUCAGGUCUUAGAUCACAAAGAUAAUGUCUUCCAGAUCCAGUACUCAGAGGGAAACGAGUUCUACACACUUUAUGUUGUGGCCAUGUCAGAGGAAAAGAGGAAAGAAUGGGUGGAGGAAAUCAGAGAGGCUGCAACAAAAAAAGGAGCGGAUUUCUUCCCAAAAUACCACAAUGGUGUGUGGACGAAGAGUAAAGGAAAAUACAGCUGCUGUGAUCAGAUAGACAGGAACGCCCCGGGCUGUAUGGUCACAACGAACGAAAAACAGGUUACUAAGAAUCACAAGCCCAAUAUACCGCUGCCAGCUGUACCCGGCUCAACUGCUUCACCAGGUCAAGAGGCGAAAGAGAAAAAAAUCUUUGUAGCUAUUUUUAACUUCACUCCAGCAGAGGAUGGUGACUUGGAAUUGAUGGUGGGUGAAGAAUAUGAGGUGGUUGAUGAUUCUAAAGAACACUGGUGGCUCUCUCGGAAUAAAAGAGGCCAAAGUGGUUAUAUUCCAUCUAACUAUGUCAAAAGAAAAUUUGAUUUAGAGAUUUUCGAUUGGUAUUAUAAGAAUUACUCGAGAGAAAGGAGCGAGUCUGUAUUAAAGGAAGAAGCACGUGAGGGAUGUUUCCUUGUACGGGAAUCCAGCACACCAGGGAUGUUUACUCUGUCUCUAUAUACACUAGAACAUGAAGGAAUGGUGAGGCAUUAUCACAUCAAAAAAAAUGAUGCUGGGAAAAAUUUUAUAUCAGAAAAGUAUUCAUUUGCAUCAAUAUCAGAGCUUAUCCACUACCACAAACACAAUGCGGCCGGUCUGGCUACCAGAUUAAAAUGUCCACCUAACCGUGAUGGGCGGUCAGUUCCAGCUACUGCUGGAAUGGGCCAUAGUAAAUUUGAAAUUGACGCUCGUGAUGUAGUAAUAUUAGAGGAGCUGGGAUCUGGCUGUUUUGGGGCCGUCCACAAAGGAAAGUUACGUGGAAUAACAGUUGCUGUAAAACUACUGAAAGAAGGAACAAUGUCGGAAGACAGCUUCAUAGACGAGGCAAAGACUAUGACACAAUUAAAUCACCCCAACUUAGUACAAUUAUAUGGUAUUGUAAUUAAAUCAAAGCCACUCCUUAUUAUCACAGAAUUGAUGAGUUCAGGCUCCUUGCUCACCUACCUUCGGCGACAUAAGCCUCGUCUGCUAACUAAGACGGCAGCCCUAUUAGACAUGUGUAUUCAGGUGUGCAAUGGAAUGUCUUACCUGGAAAAUCGACACUUUAUUCACCGAGAUCUCGCUGCACGUAACUGUCUUGUGGGCGACAAUACAGUUGUUAAGGUUGCAGACUUUGGUUUAGCAAGGUAUGUGAUAGAUGAUGAAUACCAGAGCUCACAGGGCACAAAGUUUCCAGUCAAAUGGGCGUCGCCUGAGGUUCUCAGCUACACACGCUUCAGUAGCAAAUCAGAUGUGUGGUCAAUGGGAAUUCUGAUGUGGGAGGUCUUUACGGGAGGAGUGAUGCCAUACGACAAAAUGAAAAAUGUUGAUGUUGUAGACUUUGUUUGUAAUUAUGGCAAACGCCUAGAAAAACCAGCUGCAUGUCCAGAGAAAAUUUAUAAAGUCAUGAUGCAGUGUUGGCAUAAGGAAACUGAUCUCCGGCCAAACUUUGUAGACCUGCUCAAAAUGCUUAGUGGACUUCUAGAGAGUGGAAAUUAUCCCUUCAUUGCUCCAAAUUAAUGUGACAAAGUAACCAAAGACAAGCCAGCUUUAAUGUGAUGGUAUAUCUGUGAUUUAUAUAUAUAGUCAGCACUGCUCCAAAUAUAGUCCGCACUACUUCAUGAAUGCAGCAAGAUAUCCAUCAUACAUCAUUGACAUUAUCUGAUGAAGGCAGAUACCCAUAAUGCUACUGCCGUGACAUUCUCUGAUGAAGAAAGAAACCCAUAAUGCUAUACUGCAGUGACAUUCUCUGAUGAAGAAAGAAACCCAUAAUGCUACUGCAGUGACAUUCUCUGAUGAAGACAAAUACCCAUAAUGCUACUGCAGUGACAUUCUCUGAUGAAGACAGAUACCCAUAAUGCUACUGCAGUGACAUUCUCUGAUGAAGACAAAUACCCAUAAUGCUAUACUGCAGUGACAUUCUCUGAUGAAGACAAAUACCCAUAAUGCUACUGCCGUGACAUUUUCUGAUGGAGGCAGAUACCCAUAAUGCUACUGCAGUGACAUUCUCAGAUGAAGACAGAUACCCAUAAUGCUAUACUGCAGUGACAUUCUCUGAUGAAGACAAAUACCCAUAAUGCUACUGAAGUGACAUUCUCUGAUGAAGACAAAUACCCAUAAUGCUACUGCAGUGACAUUCUCAGAUGAAGACAGAUACCCAUAAUGCUAUACUGCAGUGACAUUCUCUGAUGAAGACAAAUACCCAUAAUGCUACUGCAGUGACAUUCUCUGAUGAAGACAAAUACCCAUAAUGCUACUGCAGUGACAUUCUCUGAUUAAGACAAAUACCCAUAAUGCUACUGCAGUGACAUUCUCUGAUGAAGACAAAUACCCAUAAUGCUAUACUGCAGUGACAUUCUCUGAUGAAGACAAAUACCCAUAAUGCUAUACUGCAGUGACAUUCUCUGAUGAAGAAAAAUACCCAUAAUGCUACUGCAGUGACAUUCUCUGAUGAAGGCAGAUACCCAUAAUGCUAUACUGCAGUGACAUUCUCUGAUGAAGGCAAAUACCCAUAAUGCUAUACUGCAGUGACAUUCUCUGAUGAAGACAAAUACCCAUAAUGCUAUACUGCAGUGACAUUCUCUGAUGGAGGCAGAUACCCUAAAUGCAUAAUUUCAUUUUACUGUGAUGACAUUUUGUGGCCUUCCUCUACUUCAAAGAAGGACAGUUAUGUGUGGAGCAAAUGUUUAGAUUGGACAAUAUAUUUUGCAUUCUAAUGAUAAUAUUCAGUCAGGAUUUCCACAUCUGCCUCAGUGAAAUAUUUGUAACCAUAUAAACCAUCAGACAAUUAUGUGUCUGAGAGAUUGUGUCAUUAUUAUACACAGUCACAUUCCAGUGGUACUAGAACUAAUCUGACUCACUAAGAGUCUUGAUCAACAGCUUUGUCAUAUAAAUUGUAUUAUUUUAUUUAUGUAUAACUUAAUAUUCAUAGCAAUACAAUAUCCAUUGUGUAUAUAUCACUAACAGAUUUUAAUGACUAAUACCUACUCUGACUAGAUGUUUACCUGUAGAAGUCUGAACAAUAUACAAUGGACUUAGGAAGGAAAUGGCAGGAAAUGACAAUGCCACGGACGACUUCCCGAUACUUUGAAUCAUAUUAUCAAUAAGCUAUGAGUUUCCUAAAUAGAUUUUGAAAAGUAAUGAUAGUGCUGUUUUGUCCAUGUAUCAGAAUAAAUGAAAAUGUUAUCAAUGAUGAUCCCAUACUUUAAAAGUAAUUAAUAAUUAUAAAAGUAUUAUGAUUUCCCAUGAUUUCCCUUGCUUUAAAAGUAUCAAAAUCAAAAUAAUAUGAUGUUCCCAUACUUCAAAAGUAAUCAAAAUACUAUAAUGAUUUUCCCAUACUUUGAAAGAACUGAUUAAUAGAAUCUUUUUCUUCCCCUUCAAUGACAUCACUUUAUAAAUAGAAACCAAUCAGCAUAACCCUUUCAGAGUAAGAACUCUUCAUGAUCAGUUUACAGGGGAACAUAUCAAAAGUACAUGUAACACUAUGGCUGCUCCCAUGAAGAUCGAGGUGAAUAUUCUGUAAUAAACAUAUAGUGGACAAGAAGUCCUACAGUCAUUAGUGUUUUAGAAGAGAUAGAGGAUAUCUAACAGUGUCUUCAGUAAUACCAAAUAUAUUUCACGAGUGGGGCUAAUAUUUUGAUAUUUUUCACGAGUGCGCAGCACGAGUG